AUGGAGUAUGACCUUCCAUUCUUGUGCCCGAUAUUCUCGCCCAGAUACUGCCUGGCAUCCACUCUGUGUCCAUGCUAUCUGUCUUCGAUAGUCUAUGCAAGGAUAUUCAAGAACAAAAGAUUCUCUGCGUUUGGGUUCUUUCUUGUCCCGUUCAGUGUAUAUGGAAUAAGAAGAUAUGUUCAGGACAAGCUCCAGUACAAGGAGAGCUUUGAGACAAGUGCGAUAAAGAGCCUGUGCUGCUGCAACAGCCUAACACAGGAUCUCCAUGAGAUGAAGAUAAGGAGGAUUGGUGUCUACAAGUUCCUUGAGGAGCCGGUUCCGUGCGACGACAGUGAUCAAACGUUUUGA